AGGUUUUUAUCAGGUUCCUUGUCAAUUUUCAUGUUACCCGAGAACCCUAAGAUUCUCAUUUUCUUGAAUUUCUGAGUUCUUCCAUUUUUUAAAUGGGCUCCCUUUGUUUCUUCCUUCAAGUCCAUUCCUUUCUCACUCUUCAUUUCUCAACCAUUUUAUUUUGUUCAAACAAUGUUUCUCGCAUCCACAGGUUCCAUUAACCAGUAUGAUUUCAACCAUACGGUGAAUCUUUUCAUUUUUAAUUGUCUCUUUUCUUAUCUUAUCAAGUGUCCAUGUUGCAUUUCAUAGAUGAACAUGGCCGUCCAUUUCAUGACAACCAUUUUAGGAAAAAUCUGCAGUGCUUUAAGUGUUGGUGGUUGGAUGGCUUUUAAAAUGCAUUGCAUAGAAUGAUUUCGUCUUUGAAAAGUAUAGCUCUUUUCUGGGUGUUUCUCGAGAAAUUUUAAUUUGGUUUUGUCUUCAAAUUGUAUAUGACCCAUUGGUUCUGAGAAUGAGAAGGAAAAUACAUAGUUGGAAGAUAGUGUUUGUUUUUGAUGUUUAGAUGCCUUUAUGCCCACAAUGGGAAUGGAAAUGAAUAUGCUUUGAGCAGGAGAAAAGAGGUGCUCUGAAGCCUGUGGUGACUGAGAGAAGGGAAAAUAUGCCAACAGUUUGGUUUUCUUUGAAGAAAUCUUUACACUGCAAAUCAGAGCCAUCUGAUGUUCAUGAUCCAACGGCCAGGAAACACUUGAGCACAAUCUUGACAAGAAAAGCAGGCAGGUCAGGCUGUUCAAGGUCCAUAGCCAAUCUCAAAGAUGUCAUUCAUGGAAGCAAGAGACACAUGGAGAAGCCUCCAACUUGUAGUCCAAGAUCUAUAGGGAGCAGCGAAUUCCUAAACCCAAUAACCCAUGAAGUGAUUCUGAGCAAUUCAACAUGUGAGCUCAAAAUCACUGGUUUUGGUGGUUUCCAAGAAGGGAUUGGUGGUGGUGGUGGUGGUGGUGGUGGUGGUCCUGGUGGUGGUGGUGGGGCUGGUGGGUUUGGUGGUGACUCAACAUUUGUGGGUACUUUAAAGCCUGGUACCCCAGGCCCUGGAGGGCACCCUUCAAUGCACUAUUUUAACACUUCAAUGAGAGCCUCCACAACUCCUUCAAGAAAGAAUGGUGCUCUAUUGUCAGAUAGGGAAGGAUCUGUAUUUGGGGGUACUGGUAUUUUCGGUGGUGGUGGUGGUGCUAAUGGUAAUCCUUCAAACCCUAGGGCUUGUCUUGAGAGAGAUACUAAUGGGUCUUCUACAUUGCAAUGCCACAAAUGUGGAGAACAGUUUGGCAAGUGGGAAGCUCUUGAAGCACAUCAUCUUUGUAAACAUGCUGUUACUGAGCUGGUGGAAGGGGACUCAUCUAAGAAAAUUGUUGAAAUAAUUUGCCGGACAAGCUUGCUGAAGUCUGAAAACCAUUGUGGUCGAAUUGAGAGGAUUCUGAAAGUUCACAACAUGCAAAAAACUCUCGCCCGGUUUGAAGAAUACAGAGAAAUGGUGAAGAUCAAAGCCAGCAAACUACAAAAGAAACACCCUCGUUGUCUUGCUGAUGGGAAUGAACUUUUGAGGUUUUAUGGCACAACUUUGGCAUGCUCUCUUGGCAUGAAUGGAUCAUCCAGUCUCUGUAUAUCUGAUAAAUGCUGUGUUUGUCGAAUCAUAAGAGGUGGGUUCUCCACUAAGAAGGAACUUAAGGGGGGAAUCGGUGUUUUCACAACUUCCACAAGUGGGAGAGCUUUUGAAUCUAUAGAAAUCCUUGAAGACGAUCCAUCUCUGAGGAAGGCUUUAAUAGUCUGCAGAGUUAUCGCGGGAAGGGUUCACCGGCCACUGGAGAACAUACAAGAAAUGGCAGGUCAGUCGGGAUUCGAUUCAUUGGCUGGGAAGAUUGGUCUUUAUUCAAAUAUUGAGGAGCUCUAUUUGCUCAAUCCCAGAGCUCUCCUUCCUUGCUUUGUGGUAAUAUGCAAACCCUGAACAGAACAAUUUCUUAUGAAGGUUAUGUGAAUCAUUUUUGUUUAUGGUAGAUGUACUUUUUUCUCCCUUUUGAUAGAAGCUUGAUUCUUCUAGCACUUGCUUGUAGAUCUAUAUAUUUGGGCUUCCCCAUGCCUACUGUAUCUGCCUCUCCAAAACAUUUCCAUAUGCCUUGGUAUUGUAUUUUUUCCUCA